AUGUACAGGGUGAUCCCAUUGGUAUACUUUACGAGAAAACAGAACAUGUCAGUCGCAGCGGCGAAAGUGUUGCACUUAGCCUUGAAACGGACGGUCGACUUUAUCUACCUACAAUGCUUCACCGACUUCAAUUUUCAUCAAAGAAAUAGAACGGAGGUCAUCUCAGCAUUUGGUGUGAGCAGACGCUUGUUCCCAUCAGUGUUCGGCAGCAAAAAUAAUCCAAACAAUGACUUUUUAAUCCCAAGGCCUGCCAACCCCAAGAAUUUUAAGGAGCAAUCGUCCUGA